AUGUCUCCCCCGUCACGAGAUUUCUACCGGAAGCGCAAGAGCUGGGCGCGGCGGAUUGAACGCUGUUGCUGCGGAGCGCUGGCCUACUUCCCUCUGCUCUUCGUCUAUGGCCUGUUGUCGUGGGCUGCCUGGGUCCAGAUAAGCAUCGGCUUCUGGCCCAACCAAGGGAAAUGGACAGGCAAGACAUCGUCCUUGGUCGGUCUCAUCCUCUACUCGCUCGCCGUCUCGUGUUAUACAAUCGCUGUCUUCAAGGACCCUGGAUCUCCUACAAACUCUCCAGCCACCGGUGGCUACGCAUCGCUCCCUACUCAUGAAUCCGCGACCCCGUCACCGCUCACGGCCAAGUCGUCGGGCAAACCACGCUACUGCAAGAAGUGCAACUCGAUCAAACCAGACCGCACCCACCACUGCAGCUCCUGCAACCGAUGUGUCCUCAAGAUGGACCACCACUGUCCCUGGCUAGCCACCUGUGUCGGCAUGUACAACUACAAGGCCUUCCUGCUCUUCCUGUCCUACACAUCGAUUUUCUGCUGGCUCUGUUUUGCGACUGCUACCGAAUUCGUCUGGCGCGAUAUUUUCGACGAGACAAAGAUUGAAGAAGGACUGUGGAUCGUCAAUGUCAUCUUGCUUGCCGUGUUGGGAGGCAUCAUUGGUCUCGUCCUGACUGGUUUCACCUCCUGGCACAUCUACUUAGCUACUACCGGCAAGACAACCAUCGAAAGUCUGGAAAAGACACGCUACUUCAGUCCCUUGAAAAAGAGCAUGGAACGCCAAAUACACAAUCACGAGAGACACUACAUGCAUCAUGACCCCUCCGACGAGCCAACGCUAGGCGAGCAGCUCAAGGAGAUACAUGCAAACGCCGUACCCGGCGUUACCAGGCCUGAAGAAGGCGACGAGCCACGCAUCCCAACUCCCUUGCCGACACAAAACUCCUCGUUCGAGUCCCCUGCCUCGGACAGCCUACGCCGUAACUACGCAAGUCUAGAAGCGGACCGCGAGCGAGAGCGUUACGCCGAGUAUCUAGAUGAGCAAGACAGCGACAAACUACCUCAUGCUUUCGAUCUUGGUUGGCGACGGAAUUUAUUGCAGCUUUUCGGUCACAGCCCGUAUCUAUGGUUCCUUCCCGUUUGCAAUACCGAAGGAGACGGCUGGAGGUGGGAAGUUAGCGCGCACUGGAUAGCCUGUCGUGACGAAGUGGCUCGCGACCGCCAAUUACGAGAAGAGUCGGAACAUCGCUCAUGGCGAGACUAUCAGGCCCAACGCUCACAGUGGGGCGGUGCAUACGGUGCAGGAAGAUACUUUGGUGGCCCUGCUGCCGCGCAGCAACAACAAGAGCCGCCGCAGCCGCAGCCGCAUCUCCAACCCACGUGGACAGAUGAACAAGAAGACGAUGAUGACGGCAGAUAUCUGACUACCACCAAUGGUGUUACUCGCAUACCUCUUGCCGGUCGCCGUUCUCCUUCAAAAGCAGCACAAAUCCUAGGUCAAUAUCAAACAGCGAACGCACCUGCAGCUUUCACACGCCGCAAGACGGAUCCUGAUGACAUUGACGAUUACGACACUAGUAGCGAUGAAGAGAGCUCGCGACCAGCCAGUCGACCACUUCCGCCUAAUACGCAAAACUGGAAUGAUAUUCCAGAUGACUUUCUGACGUCUGCCACUGCGAAGCCGAAGAGGGACAGAAGUGGAAACAGGACAAAGGGCGAUUGA